AUGUUUGGACUUGGGGCAAGCCGUCCCUUCCUUGAAUCUGGAUCCUGGUGGUGUGAUCCUCCUGCUUCCGACACUGACCAUUCUCCCUGGGACGCCGCUGAAAUUUCUGCUUGGCAGAAAACCAUGGAAGAAGAUUCGGCCUUGAUUCCCGUGGAAGGGGCCAACAAAGAGGCUCAGCAGGCAGAAGACCCAGAGCUGGAGGCCAUCAAAGCCAAAGUCCGUGCAAUGGAGAAGGAUGAUGAAUGGUUGCAGGAGCUACAGAACGAAGCCAAGUCCCUCCUUGUGAGUUCAGACCCAGAUCUUCUGCUACCUAGAAUAAACGAGAAGAAAGUGGAGGCUGACCAGCGCUCGAUCUAUGUGGGAAACGUAGAUUAUGGAGGAACUGCCGAAGAACUGGAGUCCUACUUCAACAGCUGUGGACAGAUCAACCGAGUGACUAUCCUUUGUGACAAGUUCUCAGGCCAUCCGAAAGGGUAUGCCUACAUAGAAUUCGCUGACCAAAGCUCUCUCAAAGCAGCCAUGGAACUGGACGAAGGCACAUUCAGAGGCCGCAUCAUCAAGGUGCUGCCCAAAAGAACCAACUUUCCAGGGAUCAGCUCCACAGACCGCGGUGGUUCCAGGGGUCGCUUCCGAGGACGGGGAGCCCAACCACGUCAUGCCAGCUUCUGUGGAGGGCAACGUUCCAGGCCCCGUGGCAGAGUAGUCAGGGGCCGUGGGAGGAUACCUGCCUGGUACACGCCUUACUAGAUGGCAAAGGAGACAACUCGAGCAACACACCAGGAGGAAUUCAGAAGGGAAGAGAGGAGGAAGACUAUCUGUAUUUGUUGUUACUUGUCAGCCAUUUGUGAGGAGCCCUUGUCCCAUUUGUUCAGAGCGCAGCCAUCCUUCUUCUCCCUGGUAAAUCAAAGCAGUGGGUGGCAAAGAAGCCAAGAGCAAGCACCCAAAUCUUGCUGGCCUGGCGUGUGUGUGCGUGCGCAGUUUUCUCUUGGAAGGGCCUGGAUUCAUUUUCAUUCUUCAGCAACUAUAUGCUAUUAUGGGGCGAGGGGGGAGCGGAGGCUGCCAUUCUCUUUUGCCUGGAUGCUUAAAGCCCUUAAUUUGGGCCAUUAUGGGAAGGUCAGCAAGGGGGGGGGCACUCCUCAAAAAAUAUCUAGUUAAUCAGCAUGCCCUGUUGCCGAAGCCAACCCCCAUUGCCUCCACUUUCCAAACCCUCUUCUUAAAAUCACUAAAAAUUGGGUGAGUUUGCGGGAGAGGUGAUGCAAACCCAUCCAGUUCUUUUUUUUUGAAAAUUUGGGGUCUCCCUGCAUCCCAUUAGGCAGAGUCCUACAAGCAGCCUGUUAUGAUUUGUGAAUGUGUGUGUGUGUGUGUGCAAGGGACUGGCAAUAGGGGUGUGGAACAGCACAUCUGCCCUGCCGUCUUUUUGCUCUCCUCCUAAAGGUCUUCACACACAUUUUUGAAUGCCCCUCCCUUGUGCGGCUCUGAAGACUUGCUAGGAAAAGGGAUUUUCUGCAAAAGGCAGGCCAGCUGGGAGGAAAGCAGGGAGUCUUGGGGUUCCAGGGAUGGAUUGCUGGUCACUGUGUCCCCAAAUGCCCUGCUCCUCAUUUUAAACUAAUUUAAAUUAAUUUAAGAAGUUUCUUCAAAAUAAGUAUAAAGGAAUUUUUACCAUAGGGCUCACCUGCUGCAAUCUUGUUUUGCACACCUUUUACCCCAGCACAAUCUGGUACAUCAAUUAUUGCUGCCAAUGCAGCUUUCGGUGCCCAACAAAACCCUUUUUUAUCUUUAAUCCAUUGUGGAGUUUAUAAGAAAGGUCAGCAUAGCAACUUGUGAAUUCUUUCAAAAUAGACUAGUUCAAGUUCACAUUUUAUUGAAAUGAUCUUUCCCUUUAAGUCUUCUUGCAGCAGACCAAAAAAAAAAAAUAUGGAAUUUGUCCUUGGAUCUGUAAAUUGUGCCUCAAAGUUUUAUCUUUGAGCACUGGAGACAUCGGAAGCGAGUUUUACCAUGUUAAAAAAAAUUCAUUUUUGCAAGUGGAAAGAUGGGACUGAUCUGCUGAAAGCCUUUAAAGGAGGAGGGGGGAAGGCCUCCAGCUUAGACCCUGUGAAGCUGAUCUGGAAGUGCCAGGGCAGGCAAGGCUGGGCAUCUUACACAGGGCAGUUUCCUGGGGAUUGGGCCCUACAUGAAUAAUAAACUGGCAGAGGUUGAAAUAAGCAGAGUGAAAAAGGAGGGUUAUAUUAAAAUGAAUGUAUCAAUGAACAGAUAUGUAGUUUAUAUAAAGUUUCAUGUUGUAAGACGUUUAUCUUUUUUACAAAAUAAAUGCUCCUGCUAGUGAAAAUUACACUUUACAACCACAGUGGCUGCCCGCAGACUUCUCUCUGGCAUCUUCAGCGCUGAGCUGGGCAAACAGCAGCCUUUUUAUAUUCACUCCCCAGUGUAAAUUAGGGAUGGCAUUUGUCAUGUGGCUGCAUUGUUAUUAUUAAAGACAAGACUUAGCAAAAAGCAAGCUGGUGGGAGAACUAGCUUAGCUUUCUGACAUCCUAACGUACUACGUGAAAAGGCAUUGGAAAGCAUAUUAAGGAGGAAUUUCCUGACAGAACAAUUAAUGAGUGAAACAAUUUGCCUCCAGAAGUUGUGGCUGUUCCAAC